GGAGGAGUUUAGAAUGAAUCCUUUAGAACUGAUCAUUUCGGGAGUCGUUUGUGGCACGGUGGGGGUGGUGGGGUGAGGGGGUAAUGCUGCAGUUUAAAUUAUGAGCACUUUAAAGUGUUUUUAUUUAUUUAUUUAUUCCUUUUUUUUAACCUUUGAGGCAUGUAAAUCUAUUGUAUGAGACAAUUUUAAACAAAAUUAGGCACGUUUCAAAACCAUAAUUGGUGCGCUUUAAAUAAUGUUCUCGAAUUUCUAUAUAGUAUGUAGCCCCUUUUGUCGCCACCUGGCGGCCCCUAGUAUGAGAACCACUGCAUUAAAAAUUGUGCAGCAGUUUGUGAGCUCUAAAGAAAGCCCACGGAAAAGAAAUCUGAAUUGAACAAUGUCAGACUAAAUACUUUGUCGGGCUCCCACUGCUUUUAUUUCUUCAUACUGUUUGGAGGGGACAUGAAAUAAAUGUAAUGAGACCUGGGACCUGUAGACAUGAACAAGAUGAGACUGGAUUUGUGGGCGGGGCUUCAGCGGCUCUUAUUUAAGGCUGAGAACAGAAGUGCGCUCAGUUGAAGCGGUUUCUUCUUUUUUUUCCCCUUAAAGGUUUAUUUCAUUUUAACGCAGAAAUGAUUGUAACGAUUUAUUCACUUUUUGCAGUGAUUCACCUGACCUCAUCUUUAACUGUUGACAUCCCACUCCCAUCUUAUGAAUUUGCUCGUGGGGGCAACGGCACUAUACCAUGCAACUUCAAACCCCAGAAAGCAGACAACCCAUCAAUCAUCAUCUCAUGGACUGCACAUCCAGAUAAUCCUGCAGAUUCUGAUAUUGGCAUCCUCACGUAUUACUACUUCUCAAGUGCAGCGGAUAAUCUGGAUGUCACUGAUGGAUAUGCUAACCGAGCUUCACUUCAGGUAGACAUUGCUAAAGGAUGGGCGAACUUGACACUCAGUUCUCUAACAUUGAAGGACAGUAGAGUGUAUCGGUGCAGUGUUCAAAUUCCUAAGGACAGCCAGGGAAAACCAUCAGAUACCACUACGGUUGUGGUUUUGGUGGCUCCUUCCAAACCCAUCUGCACUGUUCAGGGAAAAGCAGAGUUUUACCAGAACAUCAGCCUGACCUGUUUUUCAGAGGAGGGCACGCCAACACCGAUGUACACAUGGCAAAGCUAUGAUGUCAGUAAUAACCCUCGUCAGAAUCCACCCAAAUCCACUGACAUGAAUGGAGUUUUGUCACUUUACAAUAUUUCCAUGGAGACCAGUGGUUAUUAUAUCUGCACGUCUGCCAAUAAAAUCCGCAGUGAAUCCUGUAAUCUGACUUUGGCCGUCAUGCCAUGCAAGUAUUUUGAAAAUUGUGUGCUUAUGAUGCUAAAAUGUUGGCCAAGUUUUUGACUUCCUUUUUUAAUUUGACAUUUUUUUUUUCUUUUUUCCUGUUUAGUGCUGUUCUAUCCCUCAGACUCCAUGAACAUCGAAUGUACAGCACGAAUAAUUGGAGGCUGUGCAGUUGCUCUCCUCCUGAUUAUCAUUAUCUGCUGCAGCCACCGUUGGAAAAUAAGACAAGCCUGAGGAGUGUUUAAUUGAUCUGCUUUUUGUCUUGCUUUGACUCCUGUGUAAUGUUCAUGUUCUUUGUUGUGUUGAUGGUAAAGACGGUCAGCAUGCAAAUUGCCCUUGGGGAAAAAUAAACAUUCUUCAAUUUAUUAUAAGCAGAUCACCAGAUGAUGGCAGGUACCGAGAUAAAGACCUUUCCAAGACAAAGGUCUCGAGAGCAAAGGUGACAGAAAUGAUAAAUGCAAUGAGCGUGUUGAUUGCUUUGACAACCGGCAAAACCAUGAUGAUAUAUGAUAUAUGAUGAUCCCUGGGAUCGCUAUGACCUCUGUUAAGAUCGCUGAGACUGUUAUGACCACCCUGAUUAUCACUAUGAUGACCACAGUAGACCUCCAGAUGUCCCCACUAAUAAGCCAACU